GUCUCUUGGCUCGGACGCACCGUCGUCUCGCGGGCUCGUGCUCCAACACCCAGUGACGACCUCCAUGCCCCGUUGUAUGAUCCACCCGCGCACCUCCGGAUCGGGUGCGAAAAUCAACCCGCACGCUUAUCUCAGGCAAGCAGCAGCGCUGCUUCAACCGAUUCCCCUUCGGCUCCCCUCCCUCCGCACAGGACGCCGACGGGAGGCGAGGCCGGAUAGCUGGGCCGCCGUCGCGCCAUGCUUCCUCCAUCUCCGGAGGCGGGAGCUACGGAGGCGCGGCUCUCGGCCCUCCUGGCCGCGCGCGGCGUGCGGGAUUUCGCCUUCCGACACGUACCCGCGAACUACUACGACCGUCCCCUUGAGGAGCGCCGCGGCCUCCUCCGUGCCGACUCGGUCGCUCAGGUGAACACCCAAGCCACUGCAGAUGUUGUUGACUGCAGCAAUCCAAAAAAUUCAAAAUACUAUGUUGUUGUUGUUCAGAAGAAGUUUCAGGUAGCAGUGGAGAAGAGAUGGUCGGAGAAGCUUAAGGUAGUGGUAGUGAAGAGAUGGCAGGCUUCAUUCAGAAUUCGGACAUCCCUUCUCAAUCUGCUGCGGAGCCUGAACAAGCAGAGGACAUGCCUUGCAGCAAGAUGUUCAGUAGACUCUGAGGGUGAUCAUGCUGAUGGCAAGGAGGAUCAGGAAGCCCAUCAGGGUGAUCAGCAAGAUGUGUUGGAAAAAAAAAUAGAGGAUGGAGGAUUGCAUUGCUCUGUUAGGCCACAGUGAACCCAACAUAUUGCUCUGUGAAAUCUGUAAUGUUAGGUGUGAACCUGUGCUUGAGGCGAACAUGAGUAAUCUAUUGAGUCUUUAUGACUAAUAUAUUGAAUCGUUAUUAUAUUAUCAUAUUAUGUAUU